AUGCACAGUCUCGGUCUGUUCGCUUUAAUCAGCUUGUUGCCCUACCUCGUCGUCGCGCAACGUGCAUCGACCUUUGCAGGCGCGACUACAACCGCUGUGUUCCCCCCACCCAAUGCUGGUAUUGCAGCAACCGACACGAACUUCCCCGAUGGCUCUAAAGUUGGAUUCCCAGGUCCAACGCGCACCGGAGACGAAGCAGCAGCAAUAGAGACUGCACCUGUGGCUGCCAAAGUCGACAGCUUCUUCCCCCUGAUCAAUGGGGGUGCUGAAGAUAGCACACCGAUGGACCCCUUCGACGUCUUGGUGCACCUCGGAAAUUUGAGCCCUUUCCAAUCCGUCCCAUCAUCGGCGUUUGGUCUGCCUGGAGCAUCUCCUCUCAUUCCUGAGGGAUGCGACAUCGUACAGGCCCACCUUCUUCACCGCCAUGGUGCGCGUUACCCCACUGCUGACAGUGGUCCCCCAGGAUUUGCAGCCAAGGUCAAUGCCGCUGCUAAUUCGGGAUCUGGGUUCUCGGCGAAAGGCGAUCUCAGUUUCUUGAACACUUGGACUUACAAACUCGGUGGUGACAUUUUGACACCUUUUGGUCGCUCACAACUCUUCAACUUGGGUGUUGGGUUCCGUGUCAAAUAUGGCCAAUUGCUGAAAGGAUUCAAGAAUCUACCCGUCUUCCGAACAACCUCCGAAGCGCGUAUGCUUGACUCCGCUCUCCACUUCGCUACGGGUUUCUUCGGUGUACAAAAGUACCAAGAUAGUUAUCACCAACUUAUCACGAUUGAACACGGGGGAAAGCAGAACAACACCCUUGCCCCUUACGAGUCUUGCACUAACGGACUGAAUGAUGUCGCCGCGUUCGGUGACAUUCAAAGCCAGAAAUGGGCCCAGAUCUACUUGGCCCCUGCAGUAAAGAGGCUGAACGCAAACCUCAGGGGACUGCAACUCAACGUGACGGACUUGUUUGCUAUGCAACAACUCUGCGCUUUCGAGACCGUCGCCCUUGGAUAUUCCUCUUUCUGCGACCUGUUCACUGAGGAGGAAUGGAGAGGAUUCGAAUAUCAAAGCGAUCUUCAAUUCUGGUACUCUUUCGGACCCGGUAACCCCGCAUCCAGCGCCAUGGGUAUCGGCUACGUCCAGGAACUCGUUUCACGACUCACCAAGACGCGCAUCACGACCUUCGACACCACAGUCAACGCCUCGAUUGUGACGAGCGAUAUUCUCUUCCCACUAGACCAACCUAUUUACGUUGACGCAACCCACGACACGAUUCUGACGGCUAUUUUCGCUGCCAUGAACCUUACGACUCUUGCUGCCAACGGACCUCUGCCCACCGACCACAUUCCAAAAGGCCAGACAUUCUUCGCCAAUCAACUCGCACCCUUCGCAGCCAACGUCGUCGGCCAAGUCCUCUCCUGCCCGGCCUCCUCCAAGCCCACACACAUCCGCUGGAUAAUCAACGACGGCGUCGUCCCGCUCACAGGCAUCAAAGGAUGCAAGCCCGACAAAAACGGCAUGUGCGAGAUCAACACGUUCAUCGCGGGCAUGAAGCAGCGCAUGCAGGAGAUCGACUUCAACUUUGACUGUUUCGCGAACUACACCGUGCCUAUUCCUGAUGACAUCGUCAAUGGGCAGUACCCGCAGAACUUGAAGCCUAAGAAGAAGUAG